UGUCAAUCUAAAUACUUUCAUUUAAUUUUCAUUAAAGUUUGACUUCACAAGAUCACAUUAGGUAUUUGUUCAAAGCUGAAUCACAGCUCAAAGCUGAAUAUCACAGAAAAUUCACUUCUGAAUGUCGAUGAAAAGUUGUGAGAGAGCAAUCGAGACAGAGUUAUAUUACACGAAUUAGCAUCAGAAACCAAACUGAAAAUGAUAGCUUGAUGCCGAAGCAUCAGGAAUUGGCGCCGGGGCGUUGGACAACUUGGCGCCGAGGAACCGAUGAAGAAGAACUGGUGACGUCAUUUCAUUCAUCGAGAAGGGGGCAAGAAAUGAAGCCAGAAACGGACAUACAUCAGUUUUAAUAAAUAGGCAUGCGAGUCAGGCAGCCGGGGGCGGUAGCAAAGUGACCAGCUGUGAUCACAAGUGGGAGGAUUUAUUUUUCAGACUGUCAUGUUAUGUUGAAUCCAAAUUCUUGGAAACUCCUGAAAUUAAUUAUCGCUUUCCAAUAAGUUGAGCUUUUUCCACAUACAAACUAGCUGCAAAAACAUGAUCCAAUUAGGUUCUAGGAAACAAUGUAUCUUAAUUUACGUGAUUACAGGACACAUAUAAUGUAAUCAUAAAGUAUUACUCUCUCUAUUGUCACACUUUAGAGAAAUAGUUAACUAUUUUACAGUCUCUCAUUCUUCUACUCAUUCUGCGUCUCUUUUUUAGAUGUCACUAUUAUAUUGGCUAGAAUUGCGGAGAACACGUUAAAAAACUAGGAGGGCGGCGCCAUAUUCGUUGCUCCCGCCCCACAAGGAAGCAUGCUUCAGCACAACGAACUGCGGCUUCUCACGCACUUUUGGCAAUGCGCCAAAAGGUGAUGGGCAUGAACGGGAGAAAAGGAGAAACACAUUCACGAGAAAAAAGGAGGGGAGCAGCAGUAGUAAUAGUGGCAGAGAAAAAGAAACAAAAGAAAAGAGAGACGAGAGACGCGGCGACCAGCACCGCUAGAUUAAGAUAGUAUUGCGACUAAAGAGACUUAGAAUGAAGGAGCGGGAAGCGAAAGGCGCGAGGGAGGAGGUGGUGCCAGUCGUGGUGCUUCCCUUCCUUCGUUGACUACUGUGAAACGAGAAGACGCGGAGAAAUAAACGACAAAAAAUAAUGGAAGACAGCAAAAAUGCCGCUGGAAUCUGAAUUUUUCUAUGAUUAUUUAAUGCUAUAACACGAUCAUUUAUGAUAUCGUCAGAGGGUACAAAUGAAAACUUUUCCGGCGCGAUCGAUAGAUCUUAUAUUUGUCUCUGUGUGUCACAUUCAUACCGAUGCGGACGAUGUGCGGCAGAGACGCGGAGAAAGUCUGCGUCUUACGGAGCAUAACGCACAGGAACGAGCUCUCUUGCCGUUUAGUGUGUACGCAACGCGAAUGACGUCCAUUUUGUGGCGAACGGAGAGGGUAUGUUCGCUUGCAAACAUAGCGAGUGAGGUCAGUCGCGUCUUCGAGAGGAGUUCAAUGGUCAAUGAUUGAUUAUUAGGAUAUAUUGUUCGGUUUGUAGAGAUAUGAUGAUCUAGACACAGAAAAAAGAAUUCAUGAAAUUCUGUAAUGUUGGAUUUACCAAAAUUAACGUGAAUAAAAAGUUAAAAGUUACAACUUUGAGAAUCAUUUUGAAUUUUAUGUUUAAAAAAACAUGAAUUUAUAUCUACUGGUUCUUUCGUCAACUUUUCUUUGUUUAGCAGCUGAGGAAAUAUACAAAACCAAUGGAAAUACAACAAUUUCCGAAAACUCAAAUAUUCUCAACGUUCUACCUUCGAAUGAUAUCUGGAAAACCGGUAGCAUUACUCAUGAUAAAAAGGAUUAUCUAGAAGCUCUGUUUUCAAAGUCAUAUUACAAAAGAGAAUGUGAACACGAGACAAGAUUAGAGCCGGUAUAUUUCUAUCCGGGGGAAAAUGUCAAAAUUAAAUGUUACAUGUGCAACCUUGCAUUGGUUUUUAAUGGGAAUCCAAAAGGAUGGGCGCGUGUUAAAAAUAUAGAGAAUUUUUUGGAGAAGGGAGAGAAAUUCGGAUCGAAAGAUGGCCCUGAAGCUGAAAUGGUUGAAAAUUCAGAUAUAGUAGAGGACCAAAAUGCUCAAUCGUCAGCUAGAUCACUUGGAAAACCUUAUUACUAUGAGGAAGACGGAUUUUUGGUCAUCGAAAACGCCAAUGUGUAUUCUCAGGGUGUCUAUUUCUGUUUCGAUGAAGAUUCUGUUGCAUCACAACGAUUUUUCUAUAUUUUGAUUCCAAUUCUUCCAGUAUUUCACAUAGAUUCUAAGAAUAACAGUAAAAUAAUGGAGCUCACGAAUAACUGCUCUGACUCAGUUAGAAAAUUUCCUAAUCACUACUGGAUGAAUUCUAAUGAAAAAGUUCCAUUUGAUGAUCAAGAUACUUGUUUUGCACGAAAUGGAAUGGAUGAUUGGAAGUGUUAUGAUUUCGAAAAAAUAAAAAGGUUCGAAAAGUGCGAAAAUCCAGCCACUUCGUGCGUAAAAAAAUUUGUACAUCCUACUCUUCCCAAUGAUAUUCCUAUUUCAAUAAAUCUUCAAUGGUCUCCUUGGUCAGAAUGCAACGAUCGGACACAAACUAGAACUGGGCAAUGCUUCAUAAGAUUGGAACGCCAAUUAGAUGAUUCCGAUGGUUUACCGGAAAAUUGGAGUUGGCUUAGGAAAUUAAAUACGAUGGAAAAACAUUUAGCGUUCCGCGAUGGCGUUCCACUCUUUAACGGACUGUUGGCUAGUUGGCUUUAUGAAGUUGAAAGUCUAGAAUCAUGUUUAGACACCGAAUUAGGGCCGAAGUCUAAACUUAGUGGGUAUGACAAUUUCUUUGGUAAUGUCUUAACUUCACUGUUUUCAAACAAAACUAUUUCCGGAAUUAAAAUGUCUGAUAAUGCGUUCAAAUAUUGCAUAAGAACCAAAACAUUGGACGAAACGAACGACGCUCUUAUUGGAACAUACACAGAAGACAAAAGAACAUGUUGAAGCGGAUAUAAAUCACUAUUCACGGCGACUAUGAAAACUAGAGACGAAUAAGUAAAAGAAACAAUAUAAAUCACUUAAAACUGAAUAUUUCGCAUUACUUUUAGUCAUAUUUGUAGCAAAAAUAAAGUUUGAAAUUGAUUCAAACUCAAAAAAA